CCGAGACUGUCGCACCGAGUUACUCCGUUUGUUAAUAUUAUUUUUACAUUAUAAUUUUUAAAAUGUUUUAUAUAUCUCACGUUUAGUUAGAGCAGCCACAAUUCAUUGUAUAACGUGUUGCGUAUAUGCGUUCGAAACUUUACAAUAACAUCAUGCGACGAAUUCAUCAUUGCAACAAAUCGACUUUAUUUCAAGUACUACGUUUUCUUUCAACUGAAACGAAGUUUGUUAAGACAUUUGACGAAAUUCCAGGACCAAAAUCCUUACCUCUAGUCGGCACCCUUUAUCAAUACUUACCGAUGUUUGGCAAGUACAAAUUUGACAGACUACAUCACAAUGGGUUGAUGAAACUCCGACAGUACGGGCCGGUUGUUCGGGAAGACAUUGUACCCGGCGUGUCCAUAGUGUGGAUAUUCAAACCAGAAGACAUUGAGAUGCUUUACCGAAAAGAAGGCAGAUAUCCGGAAAGACGUAGUCAUUUAGCAUUACAAAAGUACAGAUUGAGCAAACCAGAGGUGUACAACACUGGAGGACUUUUGCCCACAAAUGGCAAGGAUUGGUGGAGACUAAGAAAAGCGUUCCAAAAACAUUUAAGUAAAGUCCAGUGCAUUAAAGGGUAUGUGGAUAGUACGAACACAGUAGUUGAAGAAUUUAUAGAUCGGAGAAUAAAACGCAAAGGUCGUACAAAUGAUUUCGGUCCCGAACUAUCUAGGCUCUUCCUUGAACUUACGUACUAUGUUGCCUUCGACGAACGACUACAGUGGUUCAAAGAUGCAGAAUGGGACUCUGAUUCGGAGUGUUCAAAAUUGAUCAAAGCGGCUCACGACAUAAACAGUGCGAUAUUGAAAACUGAUAAUGGACCACAACUAUGGAGAAAAUUUAACACCCCUAUGUAUAAAAGUAUAAUAAAAGGACACGAACACAUUGAAAAAAUCGCGCUAAAAGUUGUGAAUGAAAAACUAACCAGUAUUAAAACGACAGACUCCAAAGCGUCAUUAUUAGAACAAUAUUUAAGCUCAGGAGAGACAGACUACAAAGACGUAAUUGGAAUGACUGUUGACACUUUGUUAGCUGGAAUCGACACGGCGACGUAUUCAUGUUGUUUUGGAUUGUACCAUUUGUCCUCGAACCCGGACGUACAGGAGAAAAUGUUUUGUGAGGCGCGAGCCUUACUGCCACAUAACAACACACCGGUCACCAGUGGGAUGUUAGAGCGAGCCGUAUAUUCGAAAGCAAUCAUCAAGGAGAUGUUCCGGAUGAAUCCAAUAUCGGUGGGCGUUGGACGGAUAUUGCCAGAGGAGUGCAUGUUUUCAGGAUACAGAGUCCCGGCAGGAACGGUCGUGGUCACGCAAAACCAAGUGAGCUGCCGUCAGGAAAAAUACUUCCGGCGACCCGAUGAAUUUUUGCCGGAGAGAUGGCUAAAAGGCAGCGUCGAUUACGAGUCCGUUAGUCCGUAUUUGGUUUUACCUUUUGGCCACGGACCUAGGACGUGUAUAGCAAGACGUUUGUCAGAGCAAUUCCUGCAAGUCGUGCUCAUAAAAAUUGUCAGGAACUUUAAGAUGACUUGGACGGGACCAAAGUUGGAUAGUAAAUCUUUAUUGAUAAACAAACCUGACGGACCGAUAUCUUUAAUAUUCAAGACCAGAGACUGAAUCAUAUUAUUUAAUUUUAACUACUUCACAUAAUAUAAAAAUAUAUUUAUCUUAAAAAAUUAUAAUUUAUAUACAUAUACAGUAGAAUCUCAUUAAUUCGAACGAGAUUGGGCAAAAGAAUCAUUCGAAAUAACGAUUUGUUUGGAUUACCUAAUAGUUAUGAGUUAUGACUUUCAAAAAAAUCAAAUUUCUUCCAUUUUUAAUUUUGAAAUCAAUUUUUUUCUAUACUGUA